CCAUUAUUAUCUGUGUCAUCAAGACCUGCUUUGUCUUUUUAUGCAUCAGGCUCCUGCACUACUGUCAGCUAGUACAAUUGGAAUAACAGUGCUUAAAAUAGUGAAAUUGGAAGGAGAACGAGUACUUACUGUUUCUUCUAAUGAAAGUCUGACGAGAUUUAAUGUUUUAUCAACAUAUGGAACCUAUGUAUGAAACUAAAAUGAAAAAUGAAGGGUUGACUCUCCGGAUGGGGAAAAGGGAGCUCAGUAGGUUCUUCCUGACUGUGCUGAUAUUUUGUGUCUUGCUGCUAAUCUAUGUCAAGUACAAAAAUAUUCAUGAAUGUUUAGGUCCCGCAGCUCCUUUUGUUGACAUUAAGACAGUUCACAAAUACAAUAUUAACUGCUCAGCCAUAUAUCACAUGGACUCAGUGGAGGUGCAUAAAUCUGUAACCAUCAGACAGAAACACAUUGUGGAGGACAACGAUGAAAAUUUGAUCUACCUCACAUUAAACUGCUCAUUAUUCCGAAAGGUCAGAGGUUAUGAUGACGUCUGUGUCUCAGAUGAAGAGAAAGACUUUCCCAUCGCUUACUCUCUGGUUGUACAUAAAUAUCCAUGGAUGGUGGAGAGACUGAUCAGAGCGACGUACUCACCCAGUAACAUCUACUGCAUCCACUACGAUCUGAAGUCUUCACUUCGGUUCAUCGCAGCUUUGGAAGGUCUGUCUCAAUGUUUGCCCAACGUCUUCAUCACCUCCAAACGGGAGGACGUCAUUUAUGAUGGUUUCAGUCGGUUAAAAGCCGAUUUGAACUGUUUGACUGACCUUUUGCAGUCAGAAGUGAAGUGGAAGUACGUCAUCAACCUGUGUGGUCAAGAUUUCCCCCUCAGGUCUAACAUUGAGCUGGUGUCAGAACUAAAGAAUCUAAAUGGUUCUAAUAUGUUGGAGACAUACAGGCCACCUCAGUUCAGGAAGGAAAGGUAUGGUUUUCACUACGAGGUGAGAGAUGCUGAAUUUGAAUAUAAAAAAACUCCAGUGCAAACAAGUAAGAAAAAGGCCCCACCACCACACAACAUAGAGAUGUUCACUGGCAGCGCCUAUUUUGUCCUGUCACGAGAAUUUGUUGUUUUCAUGAACUCCUCAGUUGUAGUUAGAGACUUUUUAGCUUGGUCAGAGGACACCUACUCCCCAGAUGAACACUUCUGGGCCACCAUUGUCCGACUGCCCGGCGUACCUGGAGAGGUGCCCAGAUCUCACCCUGACAUCACCGACCUGAUGAGCAAGACCAGGCUGGUGAAGUGGUCGUACCUGGAGGAGAGCCUGUACCCGCCGUGCACGGGACUACAUGUACGUGAUGUUUGUAUUUUUGGUGCAGCAGAGAUUCAUUGGUUACUGAGCUAUGGUCACUGGUUCGCUAACAGGUUUGACACCAAUGUGGACCCUAUUGCUGUUCAAUGUCUUGAGGAGAAGCUAGAGGAAAGGAAAAAUAUUUUCAGUCAAUAGCAGCUCGGCACUCUCUUUAAGGGUCAAUCACAUCAGUUCUGGCUGAUUUGAAGGAAUGAAAUGAAAUGAAAUGGGUUUAUCAUCGUCAUUUGAAAAUUACUACCGUUCUAUAUUAUUAUGAGUGGUGUGUGUUUAUGGUUUGGGUGGAGGGUAGAGACAAACGUCACCUCAAUAAGCAAGUCAGACAAGUUUUAUCCAGUGACAGGUUCAGAUGUAAGAUACACACUCAUAACAGCUACUGUACAAAAAGCUUAUGUUGAAAAUGCAAAGCUCCUUUUACAUUAUGCAUAUUUAAAAUAUUUCAUUUUCUUUUUGUAUUAUCUGCCUGACUAUUUAUUUUAAUAUUAUAUAUAACUUUUUUAUGAGGAAAUAAUCUGAAAUCAGAGAUUUUUUAGAUAAACUCUUAUCUUAAAGUCUGGCUGCUCAUUAUAGAACUUCUCUUUUCUGGAUGAUUAUACCGUGUGUUUACAUGCAUCCACUGCCUAUAUUUAAAAGUAUUGAUUUUAAUAAAUAUAUUUCCG